AAAAAAAGGACCGCAUGUACCCACAUGCUGAGAAGAAUCGAAGUGGAGACCCUUUUUGACAGCCACCCGAGUUCAUCGGUGUCGUGUUGCUGUAAUGUGGAAACAGAGACGAGAUGCCAUUGGGGAGGGAAGUCGCCCUUAUCCCAUAGAAGGCAUCGCGGUUAAGCGUUUUUUUGGUGUCGACCCUCUUCUGGCGGAGAUGACGAGUCACUGAGGAAGUUAUGCUGGAUGGAAGACAGGCAAGGAGACGGGGAUGGUGGAGGAGCCUUUCUAUGGUGUGGCUUGAUAUGAAAAGAUCCCCUAUUCCAGCACUCCUGGGAUUUGCCUUACUUCUGGGCGGACUUGGCAUUCAAGUCUGGAAUGAAGACAAGGCAGUCAGGAGAGCUCAGGAUCUGGAUGAAGGACUUGCAGAUGUGACUCGCAUCCAGGCCUCAAAGAUUGAUCUAGUGAAUGAGGGAAAGUUGGUGUAUGUGGUUGGGAGGCUGAACAUUCCAGAGCCCUUGGAGGAUCCCAUGCAUAAAGUUGCCAUUCGAGCAGUGAAGUUGCGGAGGAGGGUACAAAUGUUCCAAUGGAUAGAAGUGGAAAAUAGAAUUGAGGAGGAGCAGCAGGAUGCCAGUUCCCACAGUUCCUAUUCCUAUGACCAGGACUGGAGGGAUCGCCUCAUUGACAGCAGUGCCUUUCAGUUUAGAUAUGGCCAUGAGAAUCCCAUAAAGAUGCCUUUGGAAACAGAGCUCCAGGUGGCAUCACAUGUGUAUGUGGGAGCCUUCCACCUUUCUCAACACUUGAUCCAAGGAUCGUUUGGUCACUUUCACCCACUGACUGGGGAUGAACAGCCCACAGAUCAGAGGAUCAAGUUGCAUGCUGGGCUGUACUUUCACUGUGAGGAUUUAUUUAAGCCUCGAGUUGGAGACAUCCGUAUCCAGUUCUCCUAUGCUGGUCUUGCAGAUCCUCACCUUCCCUCCAUGGUUAGUGUGCUGGCUAGACAAGAAGGGCAGGAGCUUGUGCCAGCAGUGACAAGGUCUGGGAAUCUGUUAUUUUCAUUGCAUGAGGGUCAGAUGAGCCUUGAAGACCUCAUCUCCAUGGAACACCUGGCCAACAAGUCAUCCACAUGGGUGCUUAGAAUAGUGGGCUCCUUUCUCAUCCUCCUUGGUACAUCAUUCAUCCAACGUCCUCUUCUCCUCCUGUUGCCCCAUGUCCCUAUAAUGAGAGAGAUGGUGUCAGGAGAUGGACUGUCACUGGCUUUCUCCAUGUCUGCUUUCAUGAGUCUCCUUGUUAUUGGAUUGUCUUGGAUGUGGCUGAGGCCCAAGGUAGCUGCCAUCCUCCUUGUGUCAGCCAUGUUCCCUGCAGUGUGGUCUCGCAUUCGAGACACUCAUGAGCCUGCUGCAAUGCGUUCCAUCUGACUCACACUUCUUCCAGUAAUGGUGCUGUUUUAUGUAUGCCAUUUGUCAUUGUCAUUUAAUUUACUG